GUGGGAACCAUAAUUGGGUAUCUGAGCUCACAGUGACGUGGCCCUUACGAGACCUAGAGCUGACGCGUGGAUUCGUGUCUCCUCCUAGUUGCAGUCUGGUAGUCGUUCGUGGCUCUGCGCCAUCUCGCUAUUGCCUUGAAGGCGGGCGAGCCUGUAGCCCAGGGAAGGAGGAAGUCGUAGAAGCUGACACUGAUCCGUAGCAGGUCUUUAGGUCUGUUGGUUGCAGCAGAUUUCAAGGCUAAGAGAGGAAGACUGCUUCUGAUCCCUGCAGGAAGAGUAAGCAGGAAAAAAAAGUCUCAACAUGGAAAAUGCCCCCCAGGAAAGCAAAGGCGACGAGCAGGCUCCGGUGCAGAAUGAAGAAGAAGCCCACCCUUUGGGAGGUGGUGAAGGCCAGGAGCCUGGAGGAAAUAUUAGAGCGGGUUGGGCCCCACCUGCCCAUGAUGUUAGAGAGGAUAUGCCCAAUAGGCUUGUCAAUAACCUUGACAUGAUAGAUGGAGAUGCAGAUGAUAUGGAACGGUUCAUGGAGGAGAUGAGAGAGCUAAGGAGGAAAAUUAGGGAGCUUCAGUUGAGGUACAGUUUGCGCAUUCUUAUAGGCGAUCCCCCUCACCAUGACCAUCAUGAUGAGUUUUGCCUUAUGCCUUGAAUGCCGAGGUUAAUAAUAAUAACCCCCCUGCUUCCCAAAGUUGCAUUUUCUUGAUGUACCCUUUACUGUGAACCUGUGGUUUUCUGUCAUUUUUCUGAUUGGAGAUUUUAUUUCGACUUAGUCUGGAAGUUUUUCUGUCAGCAGGGGAGUUUCAUCAACUUGCAUGGAAAGAUGUUUAUUACAUACUGUGAAGGUAAUAAAGCAGUUUAAAAAGCA